CACUCCGUGUUUUUGUGCAGUGGUAGUGCGCCUGCGCAGUGUGAGGAGUCCUUCACACUCGGCCUGCUGUAGGUGACUGAUCGGGGCAGCAACACUAACAACAUGCAGAGCUGGACUCAGUUAUACCGCUCUCUGGCCACGCGGAGCCACCAACUUCCCUGCAAACUACAUGGAGCUACAGCUCUAUCUGUCAGAACCUAUGCUGACAAAGCAGCAAUUGAUGCCGAUAUCACAGUGGUGGGCUCCGGUCCAGGCGGCUAUGUCGCUGCCAUCAAAGCUGCACAGCUCGGCUUCAAAACAGUGUGUGUGGAGAAGAAUCUAACGCUGGGUGGGACCUGUCUGAAUGUCGGCUGCAUCCCCUCAAAGGCUCUGCUGAACAACUCGCACCUGUACCACUUGGCUCAUGGCAAGGACUUUGAAAGCAGAGGCAUCGAAAUUUCAGGCCUCUCCUUGAACCUGGAGAAGAUGAUGGCUCAGAAGAGCGGGGCGGUCAAAGCUCUGACCGGCGGAAUCGCACAUCUAUUCAAACAGAACAAAGUGACCCAUGUAAAUGGUUAUGGAAGGGUGACGGGUAAAAACCAGGUGACGGCCACGGCAGAAGACGGCAGCAUGCAAGUCAUCAACACCAAGAACAUCCUCAUCGCCACUGGCUCAGAGGUCACGCCCUUCCCUGGGAUCCAGAUUGAUGAGGAGAUCGUUGUGUCAUCAACAGGAGCUUUGUCCCUGAAGAAAGUGCCCGAGGAGCUGAUUGUGAUUGGAGCUGGAGUCAUUGGAGUGGAGCUGGGUUCAGUGUGGCAGCGUCUGGGCUCGAAGGUCACAGCGGUAGAGUUCCUUGGACAUGUCGGCGGCAUGGGCAUUGACAUGGAGAUCUCCAAGAACUUCCAGCGUAUUCUACAGAAGCAGGGCCUCAAGUUCAAGCUCGGCACCAAAGUCAUGGGAGCCACCAAAAGGCCCGAUGGGAAGAUCGAUGUGGCAGUGGAGGCGGCAGCCGGGGGGAAGAAUGAGACGCUGACGUGUGACGUGCUGCUGGUCUGUGUCGGAAGACGACCUUUCACUCAGAACCUCGGUCUGGAUUCUGUUGGCCUUGAGGUGGACAACAGGGGGCGCAUCCCCGUCAACAACCGCUUCCAGACCAAAGUACCCAGUAUUUAUGCAAUUGGUGAUGUGAUCGCCGGACCAAUGUUGGCCCACAAGGCUGAAGACGAGGGCGUCAUCUGUGUUGAGGGCAUCGCCGGCGGCGCAGUGCACAUCGACUACAACUGUGUUCCCUCUGUGAUCUACACACAUCCUGAGGUGGCCUGGGUGGGCAAGACAGAGGAGCAGCUCAAAGAAGAGGGCAUUCCAUACAGAGUUGGCAAGUUCCCCUUCGCAGCCAACAGUCGAGCCAAAACCAUCGGUGACACUGAUGGCCUGGUGAAGAUCCUCAGCCACAAGGAGACAGACAGGAUGAUGGGAGCGCACAUUGUCGGACCUGGUGCCGGAGAAAUUGUCAAUGAAGCUGCUUUGGCCAUGGAGUACGGAGCUUCCUGUGAAGAUGUUGCCAGAGUCUGCCACGCCCAUCCCACUGUGUCGGAGGCCUUCAGAGAAGCAAACUUGGCCGCUUCCUUCGGCAAAGCCAUCAACUUCUAAUCUGCCGGCCUCACGUCGCCGCAACUUCAGUGUACAUAACAGAGGAGAGACUGAGUCCAAACCUUCAUCCAACCCACCACCAUCCUCUGUGUUAAUCAACACUGUUCCACAUUUAGUUCUUAUGUUAUUUAAAUGUUCUCAGUAAAAAAAUAAAGAGGGCUUGGGCAGUAAAUAAAAAUGUUUUACAAACGCAUAAUUUGAAAGAGAGUAUUAUGCAGCUAUUUAAGGGAUAAAGAUAUAAAGGAACUAUAUUGGUGGGGUGGCUGUGGGUUCUCUUGUAGGAAACUGAAGCCGCUCAAGAUCCACAGAUUCAAGUUGGCACAGUCACACGCAUGCAAAUGCAAAACCAGUAUCGCAGGUCGAAGUUUCCCAAAGUUGAACUCCAUGUGAAGCGAAUGUUUUAUCCUACCCCUCACUUGCACUGAUAUUAGGUGAAGAUGAUGUGAAGGUUUGCCACUGAUGCAUUCGCACACGUGUGACUAUGUCCUUAAAGGUGAAGUCCAUACCUAAAGCUGCUCUGUGUGGGUGAAAACUUGAAGGCAUGUUGUGUACCUGACCCUGAUGCUGAUUCAACCCUGGAUUAUCCAAAGGUUUAGUGCUGAUUCACCCUAAAUCACAUGAUGUGUCCCUUCAGAUUGUUUUAUUUAAUUGAACCAGUUUAGAUUAAUUUAGGUGUGAAAUGUCUUCAUAAGAGAAACCUGACAUAACAUCAGCAUCAAAAGUUAGAAACAAUUUUGGCCAUCUUUUUAAGGAGGCGUCAACACAUUUCACAGUGUUGACAAGUACAAGUGGAUUUGAUAACUCAAACUAUGAAGUCCAUUUUAGUGAUAGGGUCAUCUGACGUUCUGUUAUUGGAUUAAAGGAAUUAAAUAAAUAUAGUAAAUACCAUUUAAUGAUACAUCAUCAGUGCUUGUCCCUGUUCUGUAUUGCACUCCAGAACAACUUGGUCUUAAUUCAUUAGUUUGGUUUAAGACUCAGACACAUGCUGAAACUUUGGUCCCUGCAGAGCAGAAUGACAGCAGAUAUCUGUGUAACUGAGCGGACGUAAGCUUUCCAUGUCAAUAUAAAUUCACUUUGUUAUAUGAGCUGGUCAUAGUUGCUGGGAAACCUGUUCUUGCUUAUCUGCCCAUUACAACCAAUAAAUGCAAUAUCCAUGAAAUAAAAUAGUGUUUUACAUUUAA